AUGAAGCCACCCGGCAACAGCUCCCGGCGGCCGCCCCUGGCGGGCUGCAGCCUUGCCCGAGCCUCCGGCGGCCCCCGCGGCGGCUCCGCCGCCCUGGCGCCCAUCCGCGCCCUGGCCCGCGCGCCUCCCUGCCGCCUGCUCCUCGUCCUUCUCCUGCUGCCUCCACUCGCCGCCUCGUCCCAGCCCCGCGCCUGGGGGGCUGCUGCACCCAGCGCUCCGUAUUGGAGUGAAACUGCAGGAAAAAAAUUGGGAGUCCUGGCAGAUGAAAACAACACAUUGCAACAGAAUAACAGCAGUAAUAGCAGUUCCAGCAAUGCAAUGCAGAAAGAAAUCACCCUGCCUUCAAGACUUGUAUAUUACAUCAACCAGGACUCCGAGAGCCCUUACCAUGUUCUUGACACAAAGGCAAGACACCAGCAAAAACAUAACAAGGCUGUCCAUCUGGCCCAGGCAAGCUUCCAGAUUGAAGCCUUUGGCUCCAAAUUCAUUCUUGACCUCACAUUGAACAAUGGUUUGCUGUCUUCUGAUUAUGUGGAGAUUCACUAUGAAAAUGGGAAACCACAGUACUCUAAGGGUGGAGAGCACUGUUACUACCAUGGAAACAUCAGAGGUGUCAAGGACUCAAGGGUGGCUCUGUCAACCUGCAAUGGACUUCAUGGUAUGUUUGAAGAUCAUACCUUUGUGUAUAUGAUAGAACCACUGGACCUGGUUCACAAUGAGAAAAGCGCAGGUCGACCACAUGUAAUCCAGAAAAUCUUGGCAGGACAAUAUUCUAAGCAAAUGAAGAAUCUCAGUAUGGAAAGCAGUGACCAGUGGCCCUUUCUAUCUGAAUUACAGUGGUUCAAAAGGAGACGGAAGAGAGCACCAUCCCGUGGUGUGUUUGAAGAAAUGAAAUAUUUGGAACUAAUGAUUGUUAAUGAUCACAAAACGUAUAAGAAGUGUCGUUCUUCUCUUGCACAUGCGAACAACUUUGCAAAGUCUGUGGUCAACCUUGUGGAUUCUAUUUACAAGGAGCAGCUUAAUACCAGGGUUGUCCUGGUGGCUGUGGAGACCUGGACCGAGAGGGAUCACAUUGACAUCACCACCAACCUCGUGCAGAUGCUCCACGAGUUCUCCAAAUACCGACAGCGUAUCAGGCAGCAUGCUGAUGCUGUGCAUCUCAUCUCGCGUGUGACAUUCCACUAUAAGAGAAGCAGCCUGAGUUACUUUGGAGGUGUCUGUUCUCACACAAGGGGAGUUGGUGUGAAUGAGUAUGGUCUUCCAAUGGCAGUGGCACAAGUAUUAUCGCAGAGCCUGGCUCAAAACCUUGGAAUCCAAUGGGAACCUUCUAGCAGAAAGCCAAAGUGUGACUGCACAGAAUCCUGGGGUGGCUGCAUCAUGGAAGAAACAGGGGUAUCUCAUUCCAGAAAGUUCUCAAAGUGCAGUAUUUUGGAGUAUAGAGACUUUUUACUGAGAGGGGGUGGAGCCUGUCUUUUCAACAGGCCAACAAAGCUAUUUGAACCCACAGAAUGUGGAAAUGGAUACGUAGAAGCUGGGGAGGAGUGUGAUUGUGGUAUCCAUGUGGAAUGCUAUGGACUGUGCUGUAAGAAGUGCUCUCUCUCCAAUGGGGCUCACUGCAGCGAUGGGCCUUGCUGCAAUAGUACCUCGUGUCUUUUUCAGCCACGAGGAUAUGAAUGUCGGGAUGCUGUGAAUGGGUGUGAUAUUACCGAAUAUUGUACUGGAGACUCUGGCCAGUGCCCACCAAAUCUUCAUAAGCAAGAUGGAUAUGCUUGCAAUCAAAAUCAGGGCCGCUGCUACAACGGGGAGUGCAAGACCCGGGACAACCAGUGUCAGUACAUCUGGGGAACAAAGGCUUCAGGGUCUGACAAAUUCUGUUAUGAAAAGCUGAAUACAGAAGGCACGGAGAAGGGUAACUGUGGGAAGGAUGGAGACCGAUGGAUCCAGUGCAGCAAACAUGAUGUGUUCUGUGGAUUUUUACUCUGCACCAACCUUACUCGAGCACCACGUAUUGGUCAACUUCAGGGUGAGAUCAUCCCAACUUCCUUCUACCACCAAGGCCGGGUGAUUGACUGCAGUGGUGCUCAUGUGGUUUUAGAUGAUGAUACAGAUGUGGGCUAUGUCGAAGAUGGAACACCAUGUGGCCCAUCUAUGAUGUGUUUAGAUCGGAAGUGUCUACAGAUUCAGGCCCUAAAUAUGAGCAGCUGCCCCCUCGAUUCCAAGGGUAAAGUGUGUUCAGGCCAUGGGGUGUGUAGUAAUGAAGCCACCUGCAUCUGUGAUUUCACCUGGGCAGGGACAGACUGCAGUAUCCGGGAUCCAGUUAGGAACCUGCACCCCCCCAAAGACGAAGGACCCAAGGGUCCUAGCGCCACCAAUCUCAUAAUAGGCUCCAUCGCUGGUGCCAUCCUGGUAGCAGCUAUUGUCCUGGGGGGCACAGGAUGGGGAUUUAAAAAUGUCAAGAAGAGGAGGUUUGAUCCUACUCAGCAAGGCCCCAUUUGA